AUGGCGGCUGGAGUUGGAAGUCAGUUGUUUAGUCCAUUUCGAGCUAUAGGUUUUGUGGCAAAUCAUGUUCCACUGACUGUACAGACACAAGGAACGGAAAAUCUUGUAACUACUGCUGUGGGAUCGGCCUUUCACGUGUAUAAUGUAGGCAUAAUCUUCUCACGAUUUAUUGACUCCAUGUAGCUGCUUCUUAAGUUUGUAAGUUUUAAGAACCAUUUUUGUUUUAUAGUGUGCCAAGCUAAACCUUCUUUUCGUUGGUAAGUUGAAAAUAUAAUCUUUGUUAUUGUUAUAUUCCUUUUAAUUAAACCCUAACCAACAGGUGAAAAGGAAAUUAAUAAGUUCUGUUUGCGUUUUUCUAGACUUGAGAAAAGCGUUUCAUGUCAUCAGGCAUGAUAUACUGCCUGCCAAACUUGAAUCUUAGGGUAUUAAAAGGAACGCUCUUCAGUGGUUUAAUAGCUACCUAUUAGGCAGAUCUCAAUUUGUUGUAUGUAGAGACUGCUCUUCCCGUUUGGAGUCCCUCAAGGAUCGGUCCUGGGUCCUUAAUAUCCAUAUAAACAACAUAUCUAAAGCAUGUCACAAGUCUGGUGUUGCGCUAUUUGCAGACGAUACCGAGAUUCAUUUUAGUUCCAAAGACGUUGGCAAGGCCGAGUACAUAAUUAACAAGGGUCUCAAAAGCAUUAACCAGUGGUUCUCUAACAAUGGUCUUAUUUGUAACACAAAAAAGAUGGUGACAAUGGUUAUUUCAUCACACAGGGCAGUCAAAACUGCCAGAGAUGUUCAUAUAUCUUACGGUGAUUCUCUUCUAGAGCAGAAGAGAUCCUUUAAGUACCUCAGUGUGAUAGUAGAUGAAUCGUUCUCUUGGAACAGUCACUUUUUAUGUCGCCUCCAGAGUCUACCCCAAACUAAGUUGCUGAAUAGGAUUUCGUCCUUUCUGGAUCCAACUACCCUUUUGACAAUUUAUAAAGCGACAAUUUUACCUAUUUUAGAUUACGGUUGUAUUUUAUGGGGAUCUUGCUCCAAGAAGAACUCUGAUUUUUUAGAACGAUUACAAAACAAAGCUAUGAGGACUAUCUUACGGGCAAACCACCUGACUUGUUCACAAAUGACAAGAGACAAACUAGGACUUUUAAUACUAUCUAGUAGGCAAAGAUUGGAACGAGUUACCUAAUGAAUUAUGGGUUGUUGGCCUAACAUUAGGAUCUGUUAAAAGAAAGACAUUUAAGUAUUUGCAAGAACAAGAGAAAACACAUAAAUGUACAUUGUAGAUUAGAUUAUUCAUUUUAAUUUUUUUAACACCUCUUUUUAUUGUAAAUAUUAGUCUUUCUGCUUGUUUACUAUGUACUAUUGUUUUUUCUUUUUAAUCUUGAAAUAUUUAUUACUGUGCAUAAGUUUAUACUGGUUGUUUUUUCAUACUCUGCUGAUCUAUUUUUUGCUGUAUAACUCAAGUAUUUGUUAUUAUUAUUAUUAUUAUUAUUAUCAUUAUUAUUAUAAGUAUAUCAGCUCAGUGUAUGCACUUUGUAGUGCCAUUUUAAUAUUUAAGCUUAUAUAUGAUAAACUUAAGCCCAGGAUGUAACUUUUUCUCUUUAAUUUAUAGGCUUACUACAAUCUGGGGAGAUAUCAUGUUUAUUAUCACACGGAGACUUGGUAAUCACAGCCUCUGGGAAAGAAAUGACUUCCUGGAGAAGGGGAAAACAGGUUUGCUGCUGCUUUACAACAAGUUCUAGAUGAUCUAGAGGUGCUUGUUGAUUAAAUUGGGUGCCUUGUCUUGCCCUGUGUAAGAGUUUUGUUCUGUAGAGCAAUGUUUGUAGUCUUUGUCUUUGGAGUCACUUUUUUUCAUUUUAAUGACAGUAAAUAUAAUAUUAUAAUUGAAAAUAAUAAAUUUUUCAUAUAUGUAGUUUCCUUUAUUGUUAUAUUUUUCCAACGUAAAUGACCCUUUUACAUUAUAGUGUCAUUUCACUUCCUUCUCCUCUCUCUCUCUCUGAUGAACCUCAGUCUUUAUGAGGGCAGGCUCAAUAACAAACAAACAAAAAACAAACAAAAAUAGAUAGACCAAAAUAGCUGCUUAUAUAAUUUUCUGGGAUAAAAAAAUGCGGUUGGUGAGAUGUUUUGUUCCACUUCCUUUCAAUAAUGCACAAUAGUUUUUCUAAGGAGCUAUGAGCCUUUUUGCUAUAAAGGUUAUAAAAAAAGGUUAUAAAGGUUUGUUUAUAGUGUAAGGUGCACUUAGCUUAUCUGGCUAGUUUACAGGAAUGCCUCUCAAAUUAUUAGAAACAAAUAAUCCAAAUUGAGCGUAACAGGAUUGAAAACCCCAGCUGACAGGAGGCAACCACUUUAUCCCAUAUUUUUCCCCCUUACCGACGGCAGUAAUAUUGUUUUUUGUUUAUAUUAGGUUGCAGAAUUUAAGGGACACAGAAGUACCAUUCACUUUAUUCUUUCAUUUGGCUCUCAUUUGAUUUCUGUUGAUGAAGAAAGUACAGUCAGGAUAUGGCUUGUAGAAACAACAGGUGAAAAUAAUUAUUACAGUUUUGUUUUUUAAAAAAUAUCCUGGCAGAAGGGAGGCUGAAAUUUAUUUUCCAAUAGAAAAUAAUUUAACUUGCCUACCAAGUUUAAGAAUUAUUGUCAAACUUAAUGGGCGAGUUUGCUGAUACUACUGAGUGAUGGAACCAUCCCAUCUCUAGUUUCUUGUCAACCAUGGCAUGAUAGAGUUAGUUAUUUUACUAAUACUAGUGUCUAAUCUCAUUGUAGAAUUAUAUCUGGAGAUGGAAUUUAAUGCAAAGAAUUUUUAUGUGACAUGUUUGACACAUCCCAGUACAUAUCUGAAUAAGAUUUUACUGUGCAGUCGACAGGGUCAGAUGCAACUAUGGAACAUCAAAACAAAGUAUGGAUUAACUUUUUCUCUCUAGUCUUCAGCUGCUAAUAUUCUUUAGUGCUUUAUUUUGUUGCCAAAAGAUAUUUGCUCUAGCACGCCAUGUACAGGAAUGUUGUAGAUCAGUAAAUUGAUAGCAAGUGGCAGGUUGCAGAUUUGUUUAUUGAUUAAUUUUACUUCAUAAUUAACUACAUGUAUUGUUGUAGUUUGGUAACUUAUUGCAUAAGUAGCAUACAGGUACCAUUACAUGUAUUCUAGCUGAUGCUGAAAUUUUUUGGCCAGUUUACAUUUUCAGGUUAUAUUGUCAAAUACAUUGUGAAUGUACUUUGCAAAUUUUACCAGUGGUCUUUUUCUUAUAGCAAAUUGAUUUAUACAUUUUCUGGAUGGUCAGAACCCAUAUUAGCUGUAGAACAAGUGAGUUCUAACUAUUUUUAAUGCUCAACCAUGCCUUACCAGUUUUUUUACUAUUAAAAUAAAUCAGCAUUGCAUCAGCAUAGUGGUGACCUUUAAUAGAAUGAAUUCUUAUUGAAACACUAUAGCAUUAUGAUCAUGUGGAUCAGAACAUUGGAUCGAACAUUUCUUGAUAAAAUACCCUUUUUUAUGUUCAAUGUCACAGCUCCCUGAAUAGCCCUUAAUAUACAUUGUGCCUUGUCCCCUCUUCCUACUUCAUAACAUACCCUUUAUUCACAUUACUAUCCCUUACAGUGUAGAAGGGAGAUUUGCACAGAAAUUGACUGUUUGACAGGGGACAGCUACCUUGUUGUAAAGAAACUGGGUUCAGAAAGAAAUUUGGAAAUCUUAAGGCAAAGGCUAUGCUUCAAUAACCAUCACUGAUUCUGUUGAUUCCACUUUCAGUUAAAUACAAUGUUUAUUGACUAUUUUGUUGUUUUGUAGGCUCCUGCUGUUGAUGUAGUUGGCGUUGGGCUGCAGAGCGGCAAAAUGAUCCUUCACAACCUUAAGUUUGAUGAACCUGUUAUGAGUUUCCAGCAGGAGUGGGGUCCAGUCACAGCUCUUGCAUUCAGAACAGGUACAAUGAAUACUUUAUAACAAUAUACAAAUUUUUAAAAAAAUGGAAUCACUGAGAGAAGUGAAUAAUAAGGUAAAGUGGAGUAUGCAUGGCAUUGGUGGAGAUGUUUUUUAUGAAAUAAUAUUAUAAGUUAAGGUUAAAAACACUAACUUAGUUAACUAUUUUAAAUGUGCUAAAUUACACAAUAGGUCUCUGCUUCUUUUCUUAAUUCAAGUGUUGAAUUUUUUUCACAGAUGGUAACCCCAUCAUGGCUUCAGCCAGCACAGAAGGUCACAUUGCUUUUUGGGAUUUGGAGAAACGUCAGCUUGGUACUGUGUUGCGUGAUGCUCAUAAGGGCGUGGUUUGUGGAAUGAAAUUUCUUCCCUCUCAGCCUCUACUGGUUACCAAUGGUCCAGAUAACUCUUUAAAGGUGAGUUACAAGUAUUUUAAACAGAAGUAUUUGGUCAAGUAUUUUGGUAUCUGGUUUUAUAUAAAAAGUUCAGUACAGUAGUGUACUGAAACAGUGUUCUUUGUUCCUGUUAGAUUUGGAUAUUUGACCAACCAGAUGGGAGUGGCCGUUUGUUAAGGUCACGCUCAUGCCAUAGUGCCCCUCCUACAAAAGUUCGUUUCUAUGGCAGCAAGGGAGUUGACAUAUUGAGUGCUGGUGAGAAUGAUUUCAUGGUAAUUUUUCAUGUUGACCAAGCCUACAUGACUCAUAUAUAUGCGAUUUUUUUGUGGUUCGCUAUAAGUACUUUUUCAUUAGUCUGUGGAUUGAAUGCUUGGUUUAUAAAAAAGCACAACCUUUAAUAUAAGUGUUAGAUUGUAUUAAAGCAUCCUCCCCUCAAUAGCUGCAUCAUAAGACUCAAUAUUUAGACCAUUUAGUCCAAAUUACUAAAUUAUUGUUUUGUUGAUUAAAGGAAGCAAAGUUCUUGACUUGGAAAAAUAUGUAGAAUAAACUCUUCCCAACAGCACACCAUAAUAUUUGCACUCUUUGGUUUUAAAUACACGUCUGUGUGUGUUUUAGGACUGGACAGGAGUUUGAGGUUUAUUUCCAAAGUGCGAGAUGCACGCAGUUGUGAAUUAUCUCAAGGUAACAUAUGCUUUUUGUCCUCUUCACAAUGUUUUUAUAAGUUACCCCUUUGAAACACUAUUUCUGUAUGGAAAACAAGGGGGUCUUGCAGAGCCCUGCAAACUGGCACAGUUCAGUGUUGAAUCUUUAAUCCUCCAUUUAAUGGUCAUUUGCUUCAAAUGUUUAAUAUUUUGUCAUACUAUCUGGACAUAGUAUAUUCAUUUGUAAGAACAGCUGUCGCAACUUUUGGGUCACUUAAUUGAAGCCAUCAAGGAACUACUUUUACAGUUUUUAUCUGUUUGAGCCCAAAGUUUGUAGGAUGGUACAUUUUUGUAUUACAAAGCAUUGUAUGUUUUUUAUUUUUCAAUUUUAAUGGUUUUUGGAAAGAAAAUGAUGACACAUGAGUGGCAGCAAAAUUGAAAUUUCAACUGACGAUGUAACAAAUAAGUAGUUUUCAAAGAGCACGAAGUGAUAAAAUCACCAAUGAAAUUUUUUUUUGAAAAGCUCAAUUGGUUAAGAAGUUAUUAAGCUUUGAUUUUUGAAUUUCCCCCCAUUUUCAAAAAUUUUUUCCACAUUUGUUUCUAUAAUGUCAUGCUCUAUAAUAAAUAUCUAUCUGUCCGGUUACUAGUUGAAGUUUCAAUUUUGCUGUCAAUCAUGUGACAUCAUUGUCUUGCCAAAAACUGUUGAAAUUGAAAAACAAAAAAAAACAUUCGAUUGUUUGGAGUACGAAGUUCUACCAUUCUGUAAACUUUGGGCUCAAACAGAUAAAAACUGUAAAAAUAGUUCCUUGGCUUCAAUAAGAGACCCAAAAGUCACGUCAGCUGACCUGGCAUGAGUUUAUUUACAAUGGUUUUGAUAUUGUUUAAAACAGGUUCUUUGGCAAAGAAAUCCAAGAGUCGUGGUGUCAAUUUAGAAGAGCUGAAGUUGCCACCAAUAAUAGAUUUUGCUUCUGGUAUGGAACGUUAUUUUAUAAAGCUGACCAGUGAAUUCAACAGUGUGGUAAAACUAUUACUUGGCUCUUUUCUGUAACCAUUCUAUAAGAAUAUUAAAUAUUCUUAUAGAAUGGUUACAGAAAAAUUUAGGUGGCUUUAUUGUGUUACAAAAUAUACGGUCAUGUAUAUUUUAAACAACACAUAUUUCGCUCCAUUUCAUGUAAGAAUUACAAAUACUAAAUGGAGAGAGAAAUAGUUACUAUAGUUCUGGGCCCAGUUGUUCAAACACUGGACAGCGCUAUCCACUGGAUAUAUCACUAUCCAGCAGGUAAGUAUUAUGGGAAACAAUUGCAUUAUCCGCUGGAUAGAAAUUUAUCCUGUGAAUAGCGCUAUCCAAUGUUUGAACAACUAGGACCUGGUUGAUAAAUAUUUACCUUGGUAACUAUGGCAAUUGCUUUAUGGCAGAGGAUGUGCGUCAGAGUGCAUGGGACAAUAUAGUGACUUGCCAUCAGGGUGCUAUGGAAGCCAGGACGUGGAGCUUCCAAAGAAAGAGCAUUGGUAAACAUCAUUUGAAAUCACGAGCUGAUGAUAAUCCUGGCCCUGUCCUGGUGUGUAGAUAGUAUUGGUGUGUGUACAUGAAUUAGUAUGAUAUCCUAUGUCUAAUGAAUGCCAGAUAUGAGUACAAUAUACUCCUUGAUUGAAUAGCUGUUAUGGGGAUUGCUACUAGUGAGAAGGUUAUGACAUAUUUUCCCAGAGUGUGGAAACUCUCAGGAUUAUCCACAUUGCUUGUCUCCUCUGGUAUUGUGAACGAAAACAAUGGAUCUUUAAGAUUCACUUUAAGUUGAAGGUUUUUGUGCAAGACUGUUUUAAAAUUGAGAACAUAACAUUUUUUCAGAUCCAAAAUUAGUACUAUUCUUUUCUUAAAUCACGAAAGUAAACUGUAUUUUUCUGUGAUCCACAGGUGACAACUAUGAGUUCCUGUGGAAAUUUUGCCAUCACUGGUGAUGGUCAUGGACAUGUUGAUAUGUUUAACAUUCAAUCUGGAAUUCACAGAGGGCAUUUAGGGACACCAAAAGGUAAAUAAGUUAUAUGAUAAGCGGGAAGGCCUGUGAGUACUCCAUGAGUACACUUAGCUUUGAUCUUUAAGGAGUGUCAAUUGUAACAACAAGGCCACGUGAGAUAUAAAAGAGAUUUUGAGACUGUACUGUGAGAACUGAAGACCAUUUACAAGAUAAGAGAGUUUAUAUUCUGUGGAUCAUAUUUGAAGCUUAGGCUACAUGCAUGUUAGCCAACAUUGGAAGGAAAAAGAGUGCAUAACAGUUAGCCAGGAGUGGGAAUUGGAGGACAGACUUUUCAUUUGCCUCUAACCCUUCCCUUUCAGUUUUGUUCACAGGCUGUGUUUGUGGCCAAAAUAAGCAACUUAAUUCUCCAUCAUAUACAGUUUACACACACAAAUUCACCCUUACUGAAAACAUAGAUGAGUUAGUAUAAUGAGUGGGUAAGAUUUGUAGACUUUUACAGCUGCAUUGUGGCCCAUGGAUUAUCUGUAUUUGUUACAUGUAAUAAUUAUGCAUUUUAAUUUCAGCACACAGUGGUCGCAUAAGAGGUCUAGCUAUUGACAGUGUAAACCAGCAAGUUAUAACUGCUGGAGCCGAUUGUAAAGUGAAGGUACAAACUGAAUUAUUUUUUAUAUGAUUAUGUCCAUAAUGCCUCAUAAUGUAAUGCCCUGUGAAAUAUUUUUUCGGCUCUUGCAGUUUUGGAAUUUUAAAGCUCGUAAACUUCUCCACUCCAUGACGUUUGAGGCUCCCAUUGCACAGAUUUUGUUACACAGAGAGAGGUAGGUAUUAUUAUUAGGAAUAGUGGGAUUCCUGUGCACAUUCAAAUAUUGGAGUUGACAUUUCCCACUUCAUUUAGUAAUAUUGAUAACCAGUCUUGCAGUAGAAUGGAGUAACUGAACGUGCAACAUUUUGAUCUAAAGACAAUUGGUUUGUAGAAAGUCUGACUUUUUUCUUUAUAACUAUUACAUUAUUCCUUUACAUUCUUUUUUUCUUUCUUUAUAUAGCUCCUUACUGGCAGUUUCUUUAGAUGACUUUGAAAUCCAGGUUGUAGAUAUAGAUAUGAGAAGAGUUGUAAGGAUAUUCAGAGGGCAUACAAAUAGGAUUACAGACAUGGUGAGCAGCUCUUCAGUAACCAUUCCUCUUUCAUUGCAUCACUUCAUCACAUGUUUUUGGGUCUUUCCAUGCCAGUCAACUGUCUUUUCUUGUUUUCCUUUUCAUUUUAUUUACUUUACUUUACUUUACUUUAUUGAAUUCGUUGCAUGUUAUCAGUUAAUAUGUACAUAACAAUAUAAAAUACGUCAGUUAGAUAAAGAAAAACAAAGUAAAGUAUAAUAAAAUAAAAUGAAUGAAUAUCGCAACUGGAGCAGGAGACAAGACAAUGUCCCAGUUGAUAUCUUGCCCCAUUACGUUCAUGAUAUCUUAUGUUCAGGCCUUUAGCCCAGAUUCCCGGUGGUUGAUCACAUCAUCAAUGGAUUCAAGUGUGAGGACCUGGGAUCUUCCAGCUGCCAGGUAAUAAUUUCUGCUCUACUUUUGCUAUACUUUGAUAAAAGCGCUGUCAACAUCUUUCGUUUCUUCAUCAUUGUGUGUCUAGUCCAUCCCCACAUUGCCUCUUGUGGAAAUAUUGCAGCUUGAAUUGGACUUAUCCUGGACAAUGCGUGUUAUUGUGGAUGACAGAGUUACAGCCAGUAUUUAAAAAGGGCUGGAGAAGAUUUUAACUGUAAUCUUUUAGUUCUUUCUUUGGAAUCUUUAUUAUCCUUGUAAAACAUGUUCCAUUUGGCGCUCUGUUGAUAAUAAAGUCUGUCUGCCGGUCUGUAGGUCAUGUGUCAUAAAAGACGUCAAGCGAAAAACGUACAUUACAAAGUAAUAUUGAUGGUGUUUGUUUUUGCAGACUGAUAGAUUGCUUUUUAGUAGAAUCUCCAGUAACCAGUUUAGCAAUGUCUCCUGUAGAGGAUUUCCUUGUAACUACCCACGUUGAUGAUCUUGGCGUAUAUUUAUGGUGAGUAUAAGUAAAGUCCGUGCUGUUUUGUUUGGAACUCUUUAUCAUUGGUUCGUAGCCUCUGAACGACAGUUAACAAGGCCAUAUCCUUCUUUCGGUCAAUCACCUGCAGCCCCCACACCAACCCCCGCCACCCACCUCUCCUAUUACCCUAACCAAACCGAAAGAGUAACUUAACUGAACUAGACUUACUUCGAAGCUUUUUUUGAACUUUUGAAGUCGGAUCCAACCUAACAAGUCUAACUAAUUAGGCUGGAAAUUUCCUUUGAUUCGUGACAACCAUGAAAGUCAAGCGCUCCUGUACUAAAUACUGACAAGCCUAAUGAGCGUGUUAUCUAGAAUUCCGCUCACCAACGUCUUAUUACAAACAGGUCCAACAAAACUCUGUACGAUGAUAUAUCGUUAAUUCCUCUCCCCGCGGACUAUCAACCGACAGUAGAGCAACUUCCGGUAACAGGAACAGAGCGAGAUAUUGAUGGUAAGGUCACCAUGCACAGUCAACUUCACUUGUAGUUAAUGUUUGUGUGUUAACUGUGUUUGUAAUGGACUCCCAACAGGAGUUAAACCUUGUCGGGCGUUCCAUCACUGAGGUGUAGGAAAGUGGUGGACUCCAUACACUACUUUUAUAGCUCAGUUAUAAGAACCGUGUGCUUUAUCCCGUAGAAUUUGAAGCCGGUGAAAACGAGACGACGGCAAGAACGGAAGUGGAGAAUAACGUCGUAGCUGUGACUAAAAACAAAGCAGCUUUUAAGAGUCCUGAUCAGCUGUCGGAUGAACUUGUAACACUGUCUCUUUUACCGCAAUCAAGAUGGAGACAUCUGACAAGUUUAGAGCUAAUUAAGGUAAAGUUAUCCUAUCACAGCUUACAAGUUCAUCUUUGUUCUGUUGGAAAAUUGGAUAGUGCGAGUUAACUUACUUGUCAUACAUGUAGGACAGCCUUGACUCUCGUUGAAACAGUUUAAAAGUUUAAACAGAAGGUUUGCCGGCAGAGUUUGUAGUUUAGACCGGCCUCUUUAGACGUGAUUUGCAUCCUCGGUGCGGUAGAAUUAUGGUCGAUUGUGCCACGUGCAUGUCACAGCAGAAUACAGUUUUAUACUCGAAAAGUUUUUAUACUCUUGUAGUCUUGUAAUCUUGUACUAUGAUUACUUAGCUCUAACAUAUACAUACUGAGGUAUGUGAUCUUUUUUUCAAUCGGCAGAAAAGAAACAAGCCCAAGGAGCCACCUAAAGCCCCCAAAUCUGCGCCAUUUUUCCUGCCCACAACUCAAGAACUGGUGCCCAAGUUUCUUCCAACCGAAGACGAUCAAGCAGACAAUACGGUGAGUGUACUGAUUGGUAUCCCUGUACCCCUGCUACCGUGUAUAACAAGCCACUAGGUAUUGUCUACCUUUGUAGCACUUGCUCCUGUUACGAUGAGUGCACUGGUUGGUACCCCUAUACCCAUUACUGUAAAUACGGUAGCUAGGUAUUGCUGGAGUGUACCUUUGCAGUACUCACUCCUGUUACGGUGUUUUUGUUCACAGGAGAGGAAGUCAAAGAUUCUAAACAUGCAACAACUCCAACCUGACUCGGAAUUUCAAAAAUGUUUGAAAGACUGUAACAGAAAAGAAAACUGUAAGUAAUUGGUGUAUUAAUUAAGGCAAUUUUGUAGCACUUGAAAGUUGACGCCUUGGUUUCUUUUAAGAGAAUUUAAUGAAGAAUAAAGGCAAACAAUCUUGUAGGUAUUUAAGAGGGCCGCCCAAAUAGGUACAUAUCCUUUUGAGAUUGCGAACUGAUUGCGGGGGACUGGGCAAGAGGUGGGGACGGCAUUAUGUGCUCUUCCUGUGAAAGCUAAAGUGACUAUUCUUGCGCGCAUAACAUAUGUAUGUAUGUAUGGAGUUGCACCUAUUUUAGGCAUUCCUCUGAUGAAAGGUAACAACACUAAGAUUUUACAGUAGCAACAAUCUGUCCCUUGUUUAAGUUACAAGAGUGACACUGCGUGCAAAUCAAGUACUGUCCGAUAGUCUGGGGUAGAGGAUUUUGCUAUCGGGCUAGUGACUUUUGUUCUUCGGAAAAACUAUUUGAAUGUAGAGGUCCACGCAACGCGUAAAUAUAACUGACUGGUUCCUCUUCCGGAUCUCUAAUCAAAGAGAUGCUGUAGCCAGACGUCACUUAAAGUGUAAAAUAAAACAAAACUCAGUGCAGGGCUGGCUCUAGGGUAAAGGGCUGAUUAAUUAUAGGCCAAUAAUAAAUCAGCCCCUUUGCUGUAGUGCCAGCCCUGCAUUGAGUUUUGUUCUUAGCUUGCCCGAUGGGCAAGUGGAGUUUGUUGAGAAUUCAAAUUACAGAAGGGCUGUCAGUAUUCAAACCUGCUCAUCAAAAAACUUUUAGGGCUAGUUAAAGUGAUGUUUGGGCUAGUACAUGCUAGCUACAACUAGCCCGAAUGGCAAGCUGUAAAACUGACUUUCUUUGCACCCUGGUGAUAGAAGCCAGUGUAGUCCGUAUUAUCUUAUAUUUCGUUACUUUACAGAUGAAUCUGUGCUGGAGCUGCUCAAAUCAAUGGGUCCUUCGUCAAUUGAUGCUGAAAUUCGUUGUCUUGGUCCUUCUGCUGGGGGAGAUAUCAAGCUGCUUGAAAUUUUCAUGCUGUUUAUUGAGCAUCAACUUCGACUACGAACAGACUUUGAGUUCACCGAGGCCAUACUGGGGCUCUUUCUCAAGGUGACCUGUCACUUUCGUGAUUAUUUCUUGAUCAGUAUUGAAUUUCUCUAUACGAAGACGAGCUUUGCAGUUGUUUUGUGUAGUACAGAACCUUUUGUCGCUUGUUGUUUAGGAUCGUUAUCAAUCGCAGUUAGCACCUCAUUUACUCUAUUUAGUUAUAAAGACAUAUACCCGCCCACCUUAUCAGCACUUCAGCACAGUAUCGUUACAAAGUAACCCUUCAUUCCAUCACAUGGUUUCCUUGUAUUACGUAUACGUUUCAACCCUAUGAACUGAUUUUACUGUGGCCUGUUUUUUACUGCAGCUUCAUGGUCCCACAGUAGCGCAUUUUCCUGAACUGACCGCCAUUGCGCGGCAUAUACAAACAGAGCAUUCAGCAGCCUGGUCAAGCAUUCAAGAUUUACUUAACCAGUGUGUAUGCUUGGUGAGUUACCUUAAGAGUGCUGUGAUAUAA